CGUUGUCGAAUCAUUCGUUUCGCCUCCCUCGGUCCUGCAAGUGGUCCAAACCGUAAAAAUUAUAAUCGUUUUUAGCAGUAUUACACUGAGAUACACCUACACGUCUUUUUUCCGCGUCCAAUUGUUGCAGACGAGAUAAACGCGAACGACUUGAUACUAUAUCAUAUCAUCGACGACUAAUCGGCAGUCACCUCGUAAAAAAUGGCAUCUUGCAAGUUGAUGUUUUGUUUUGCCGCACUGCUCCUCAUUGUGUCGGUCUUCGCCGAAAAGGAUGCACCGAAAACGGCCGCCGAAAACGAGAGGGUGAAGAAAGCUGCAGUAAUCCCACCACCUGCUUCAGUUGCGGCCGCUUACGGAUACUACGGCACUCCAUACGGCAGCCCUUACAACACCUUAUACGGCAGCCCUUACGGUCAAGCUUACGGCCAAGGUUACGGUCAAGCUUACGGUUACCCGUACGGAUCGCACUUGCAGGGAAAGUACGACGAUGGCAAGUACCAUCAUCACGCGGCUAAGUACGACGAUGGCAAGUACCACCAUCACGCGGCCAAGUACGACGACGGCAAGUACCACGCUGGAAAGUACGGCAAGGCGACGGUGGCCACAGCACUGUACAGCAAGCCGUAUUCAACCGGACACGACGCGUACAACUACGGUUACAACGGUUACAACGGCUACAACGGCUACAACGGUUACACUGGGUAUAACGGUUACAGCAAAGGUUAUGACGGUUACACCGGUUACAACAACGGAUACAACUACGGUUACAGUGGUGGAUAUCCGUACGCCCAAUAUCCAUACAACCUGCACCAAUACUACAAUCACCAACACGCGUCGUACCCGUACGUCUACUAGGCCGACCUCUCCAUCCGGACGAUUUGAUUCGACAGAUUUUUUUCUUCGGUCCCACAAAACACUAUUGCAGUUACCACGGAUAAUACUAAUAAUAUUGUACUCUUAUGACCAUGAUCGUUAUAACGAUUUUUCUGUAUACGAUUUUCCUUAUAAAUGUAUAAUAGAGUUUAUUUUAAUAUAAUUAUAAUAAUAUACUUAACGGUAAUAUUACGUCAAAACUUGGAUUAUGUAUUCCGUCAGAUUUUAACGCGAAUAAACAUUUUGGACAUUAA